GAGACGCGUGGUGUGCCUCGAAAUUUUUCUUUUCAUCCAAGAGCGCGCGCUUUCAUUCCCGUGUUGCCAAAAAGUUUUGUUCUUCCAUGCUAGCUGAUCAUAGUGAUUCAUCGCUGGAUCUCAGCGUGUAUGAGCCAUCUACUCCAUACCAGGAUCGCCUGGCGGCCAUGAAAGACUACAAACACGACACGCCGGACUCCAUGUCAGAAGAUUUAUGUACUCCAUCCAGUCUUGCAUCUUCCGCAAACUACGUCAACCUCCAGUUGACGGCCCAUAAUUGCCCAGUGCCGCUCAAAUUCGUCAAUGCCGACGAGGAGGAGGCGUGUAAAAUCGUCAACGGCUUCCUUCGUCUGUUGAGUGAUAAACAGUCUGACGCCCAAGAGCGACAAGAAUUGACAAACACCAUAAAGCGAUUGAAAUUCGAGCUGGAAACCACAAAGUCAACCCUCACUAUGCAGACACAAAAGCUCGCUGAAGCUCACCGACAGAUUGAUCAGGAAGCGUCUAAACGGACCGCCGUGGCUAAGUCGCUUUCCACCGAAGAGAAGCGGCACAAGGCAACGCAAAGUGAGCUGCAAAAAGCAAAAAUUAACCUUCAGACCAUCAAAACGCAGUAUGCUCACGAAGUGAAAAAGCAUGAGCUGGAUAAUGCUAAAAUCAAAGAAAGGCUGCAAAAGACCAUGGAUGAAAGGUAUGAGCAAAACGGGGAUAUCAUCAAAAUGUCAUCGCCAAUGGAUAAAGCUGGGGCCCUGUUUGGCCCGCCCAAGCCCAAUCAUGCCGCAAAGACGGAAGAUUUGCAUAAAGCCAUGUUACAAAAGAGUAUCGAGAGGGAAAAUCAAGUUAUCCGGGAUAACAAACUUUUGCGAUUGGUACUGUACGACCUUCAUUCCGCACUCAAAUCCAUGCUAGAAGGUCAAACACGUCAGUAUCAUCAAAUCAUGGACUUGGAUGGUGAUUCUCCAGAUCUUGUCAAGUUUCGAAUACCUAUGGAACUAGGUGGCGCACAAUUGAAAGAAGCCGUGCUUGAUCUAAUUGCCAAGUUAAAGGAAGAAUGGGAUAUUCAAAUUGUUCGACGCCAGGCGUAUACUGAAGAGGAGGUCAAGGAGAAAGAUAUGACAAUUGAGCGCCUCACGCAAGACCUCGAUGAAGUUUUUGCCACAUUAGAACAAGUUCAGGAUGACUUUGACACAAAGACAGAAGCAUAUCUCAAAUUUGCACAAGGUUCCUUUUUUGAUACUAUAGCGCAUAACCACCACAUGGAUAUAUCAUCGGAUGAUAUCAUUCCACCUGAAGUUGAGGAUGAGACCAAAGCUCUUCGAAAACUUCAAAAGCAAAUACGAGAAGAACGACAAAAUUUAACGGAAGCUGCUAUUAAACUGGGUGAAGACCGAACGCAACUGAUGAAUGAACGUCGGGCAUUUGAGCAACAGCAACAGUCGCAUCAGACACUGGUUGUUCUUGAUGAGCUGUCAAAUACUGAAAGGUAAGUGGAGGCAUUGAUGGAAAGGCGGGAAGUUUCUAAAGAAAACAAGGUCCCAGAUGGAUUCUAAUCGCGUAUAUUAUUGUUUAGGUCAAGCGCGCAUGACGAUACAUCCGAUACAAUGGGAACUCUCAAGACUCUAGAGAACCUUGACAUACAGAGCUCUUCAAAGAAACGGAAAAUGGAAGCAAACUCUCACUGAAGCGUCCAUUUCGUAUUAAUUGCCUUUAUUUGUAUUAUAUUCCACAAAACACCGCCUCCCCCCAUCUUUUUUCGUCCAAUUUGUAAUGAAAUCAUGGUGCCGGCCGAUCACCUUUUUUUUGAUGCUCUCAUAUCGUCUCUAGCCCUAUUUACUCCUCUUUUCUUUUUGCAUAACCCUUGUCUUUAAUGCCCAAAGAAACCAAAUGCACGUUUACAUAUUAUAUACUUUAUUUUGGGAGCGAGUUGGGAACAAAUGCAUGCGCUGCUGAGUCGUGAAAUGAAAAUUACAUAACAUUUUUCCUUU